AUGCCUAUCGUCUCCAAAGAACAACAAUCCACAAAAAAGUGUUUUUGGCGACUUAAACCUCACAAAUCCCUAAAAUCUCGGACUUCUUUAUGUCGCUAAUCCAUAAGCUAUAUACGGCCAUCAACCGGCGGUCCUUCGAAAUGCCAGCAAAUAUAUUUAUAAAAUGUGGGUUACGUAACAACGCGAAUACUGUAUUUUUAACAGAUUAGUCGAGGUUUCCGUGUUUAUGGGCACAACUUUUAAAUGGUAAGGUAAUACAUUAUCAUCUUUUCCCUAAUAUCAUAAUCAUUGUAACAACAAUUUUGAUACGGAUUCACUGUUUUCAAUACCAUUUCUACAAAUCGUUUCUACUUAUUUGAUUAGCCACUAGUUCUUUUGUGUGUCCCACCACGAAAACAAACAAUGCCAAGAGACUCCAAAACUACGGUAAAAAGAAAUUAUUUUCUUCUGAUUUUUUGACAAUUUUUUGGUCAAGUUUUUAUCGUUUUUCUUCCUUUUUUUAUGUUUUAUAUGGUUUUAGACUUUCCAGACUCUUAUUUCCAUUUAUUUCGGCUAGGGUUACAUAAUUUAUCCUGUUUUGGCGUCUUUCGCUUCUGGUUAAUCGAAAAAUCGUGAUUUUCUGACUUUGGAAAGAGUUUGUGUGUCUUUACACUUGCUCUACAUUAACUCUAAGGUAUGGUUUUAUAUUAAUUUCUUUUGCUUUUAGGUCUCCACGUGCAAAUAAUGGACAAGCCAAACAAGCUCGCCAAGGUUACCCGUGUUUUGGGCCGUACCGGAUCACAAGGACAAUGUACUCAAGUCCGCGUUGAGUUCCUCGACGACUCUAACCGUUCUAUCAUCAGAAACGUCAAAGGCCCAGUCAGAGAAGGAGAUAUCCUCACACUUCUGGAAGCUGAGAGAGAAGCCCGUCGUCUGCGUUAA